CUGCGUACUUAGGCGAUUCAUAUUCUGUUUUCUCAAAAUCCAAUAACCUUUUUUUGUUAACCAUGAUGAUGCAACUCUUCUCCAAGUUGUUUAUCUUCAUCUCCAUGGCUCUAAGGUGGUCUUUAGAUUUCCCUUUAAUUAGAGAGGCAACUGUGGAUUGUGGGUCUAAUGUUGCAUACACAAUCACUGUUGAUAAGAAUGGUCAUGGAAAUUUUACCACCGUUCAAGGCGCAAUCGAUUCUAUUCCUUCAAACAACAAUCAAUGGGUUUGUAUUUCUGUACAAGCUGGGAUAUACAUAGAGCAAGUAACAAUUGACCAGGACAAACCGUGUAUUUUCCUGAAAGGAGUCAAUAGAAGUGUUACGAGCAUUGAAUAUGCUGCCCAUGGACAACUAAAUACUACUCCUACUUUCAGCUCAAAGGCCGACAAUUUUGUUGCCAAAGAUAUUUCCUUCAAGAAUACAUUCAACCUGGGAUCAUAUGAAGAGGUUAGCCCAGCAACUGCAGUUCUAGUUUAUGGUGAUAAAGCUGCUUUCUAUUCUUGUGGUUUCUAUGGUUUGCAAGAUACAUUAUGGGAUCAACUUGGGCGACAUUACUUUGAGCAAUGUUACGUCGAAGGUUCAGUGGAUUUUAUCUUUGGUCUAGGCUACUCGAUGUACAAGGACUGUGUCAUUAGUGUUACUCCAGUUAAGAACCCAGGUUUUAUAACAGCUCAACAUCGAAACUCACCCAAUGAAAUAAAUGGAUAUGUGUUCAAUGGUGGGAGUGUGGUGGGUGAAGGUACAGCUUAUCUUGGAAGGGCUUAUGGGCCUUACUCCACAGUAAUAUGGUAUGGGACAAGCUUCUUCAAGGGCGUGGUUCCACAAGGAUGGGAUAACUGGAACCGUACCGGCCAAGAGCCAAACUUUACGUAUGCGGAGGUUAAUUGCUCUGGACCUGGGGCUGAUACUUCCAAGCGUGUGAAAUGGGAAAAGAAGCUCAGUGAUUCCGAACUCCAAAAAUUCAUACAACCAUCAUUAUCUAUUGACUCCGACGGAUGGAUUGCGAAACAACCUCAUUCAUGA